CUUUGACAGCGAACGGAUUGCGUGAGCUUGAUGUACUAUAAUCACGUUUAUAUACUGUAUCGGUGUUGUUAUUAGAAAGUCAUGCUGGUACAGUUGUACGUCCGGUUUAACAGUAAAAGUCAAAACGAGUUUUAGAUAUAUUUAACUGGUCUGUUCUAGAUUUUCGCUGUAAUAUUUCGAGAGGUCAACUGUCAGUUACUGUGUCACGUUAUAAAUGGCCAUGGCAGCCCCAGUGGAUAAAACGAAGAGGACGGGGAGAUGGUAUUUUGGGGGAAUGGCAAGUGCUGGUGCCGCUUGCUGUACCCAUCCUCUUGAUCUUUUAAAGGUACACCUACAAACCCAACAGUCAGAGAAAAUAGGAUUAUUAAAGAUGGGGGUACGUGUGGUUAAAUCAGACGGUAUAUUUGGACUGUAUAACGGCUUGACGGCAUCUAUUUUAAGACAGUUGACGUAUUCUAUGACAAGAUUUGCGAUCUACGAGACUGUGAAGAAGGAACUAAUAAAAGAUGGACAGACUAUGCCGUUUUAUCAGAAAAUAUUAUUAGCUGGGGUUGCUGGGGCAACGGGAGGAUUAGUAGGGACACCUGCCGAUAUGGUCAAUGUCAGAAUGCAGAAUGAUAUCAAAUUACCAGCUGAUCAGAGAAGAAAUUAUAAACAUGCUGUCGAUGGUUUGUAUCGUGUUUUCCGUGACGAGGGAUUUCUACGAUUAUUUUCUGGUGCCUCUACAGCCAGUUCUCGUGCCGUUUUAGUCACGAUUGGUCAGUUAGCGUGCUAUGAUCAGAUUAAAACAGUAUUAUUAGGUUCUGGUGUUUUUAGUGAUAAUUUAUUAACGCAUUUCUCAUCCAGUAUAUUAGCGGGUACUAUAGCAACAUUUUUAACACAACCUUUAGAUGUAAUGAAAACUAGAUUAAUGAAUGCAGCACCAGGUGCAUACUCUGGUUUAGUAUCAUGUGCUGUUGAUAUAGGUAAAAAUGGACCUCUAGGUUUUUAUAAGGGUUUUAUACCAGCAUUUAUCCGUCUAGGACCUCAGACUGUUAUUACAUUUAUACUCUUUGAACAGAUUCGUUUCCAUCUUGGAGAUGAUCCUAAAACAUAAGGGUGUAUGUAAUAUUAACGUUAUUCAAUAUAAACACAAGGAUCCCAUUUUACAAGACACAUGCAAACAUGUUCCUAACUUUGCAUGUAUGCUUCUUGAAACUUAAAAUUGAUUGUAACUUUAGUUUUUAAUUUAAAGAAUGGCAGCUGAAAGAAGUUUUUAAAUCAAUUGUCUAUUAUAAGGUACAAUCAAGAUUUCAGUUUGAGUAAAUUAUGCUAUAAAAUAUUUACUGGUUCCGAUUAUGGUGAACACCAGUUGUGAAUAAAAUUCAACAUUCUUAAUGCUAUAUAAUUACUAGUGAAUAUGGUAAACACUAAUUCUAGAUACUAUAUAAAGGUAAACACCAGUUGUGAAUAAAAUUCAAAAUUCUUAAUGCUAUAAUACUUAAUGACUGCUUCAAAUUAUGGUAAACACAAAUUUGAAAUAAGAUGAAACAUAUUUUACUAUGCAAUUAAUCGCUAACACCAGACACCAAGUAAUACAAAGAUUUGUUAUUGAAAAUACUUGAAAAAUUCUCCACUACUACUCAAAAUAACCAGUGCUAGGUUCCUACGAUCACAAUUCGUGCUACGAUUAAAAUCGUGGUUUAAUCGUGGUGAUCCUAUCAGGUCUUAUUAUGUAUUGAUGUCAGUCGUAGCAAUCGUGUUGACUGUAUCGUAAUUUUAUCGUAGUGCAUCGCACGACAGUGGGAACCUGGCAUAAGCAAGAUUUUAUAGAAAAAUUUAUACAUUAUUAGAUAGCGUGUUUAUUUGAAACUUUAUACACAUUGUUAUACCAUAUAUACCAUACAUAAAAACUAAUAAGGGGAACCAUCUUAAACUUAAACCUGCCAUAUUGGUGUGCACCUUACACUUGCCUUAUUGGGUAAUAAGUGGAGCCAUAUUGAACUUAAACCUGCCAUAUUAGUGAUAUGUUGUUGUAUAUUAGUUAAUAUUUUAUUAUUUAUCUUAUAUUAAAACCGUUCAAAAAUACACUAGGCCUAACUGAAAUAUAAAUAAUAUCAACUUCAAUCAGCAAAUAAGGACUCUUGUGUGAUGUCAUUAUGGUAACUGUCCACCAAUAUUUAUAAACAAAACUGUCUUGGUAUUAUAGCCAUUCUUCUUACUUUGUCAACUAGUUUAGUCCUGAAAUGACCUAGUUUGUGUCGAGUGGAUGUUAACCCCUUUUCUAAAACUUCUAUCUACACAAAACACAAUAAAACUGGCAUCACAAGUAGCCUUGGUUAAAUAAAGUGAAAAUUAUUUAUAUUUUCGGUUGUGCUUUUUAAAAAAAACUAUUUUAAUAUUAGAUAAUGAAUAAAAUUUGAUUUUUUUUUUAUGAAAUUCAACAUUAUUAUGUAUGAGUUAAAUACCAAAGAUUAGUGUGUAGAACCAUAUAAAACUAUAAAUAUAAUUGUAUUUAUUGUAUAUUAAACAUACGUUAUGGGAGAUUAGAUAUAGAGCUGGCAGUUCUCAGUAUAAUUGUUCAAAACUAGAUAAUGUAAAGGCAAUUUGAUGAAAAUUUCUGUCAAAUUAAUCUACUCUGAACUGAGAAUUUAGCGAUUGAAUUUUCGGCCUUGCCUUGAUCAUCAUUACUAAAGUCAGUACAAUAAAAAAAAGUCUUGAUUAUCCAUUUCAUGAUUUAAUCAUGAAUGAAAGUUGAGCAGCAAAUCGGACCCUAAUCCAGUAAAUAUUGCAGGCUUGCGAUGACAUCGAGAGUUGAUUAUGGUCUGGAUAAGUUAAUUAAUGUCUCAUUAAUAUACCUGAAACAAGAGGCCAGGUAAAUAUACCUGAAGCAAGAGACCAGGUAAAUAUACCUGAAGCAAGAGGCCUAAUAUUAAAUAAUGUUAUAUUCAAUGAUAUUUAUAUGAGACGUCCAGAAGAAAAUUAAAUUUGUUACGCACAAUUUGAAUAGUGCCUCACAUUGUUUUUGAUAUAAUACACAAAUUUCCAGUCCUGAUAACCUGGAUUAAUUAUAAUUGUUCUAUGAAGGUAGCUUUAUCAAUUUGUACUGAGAUUUUAGAGAUGAUUUUGUUGUUUGUAAUUUGUUUUUGUUAAGAAUUUAUGAGUGAUGCAAUAAUGUUGAUUAUAUAAAUUACAGGUUAACAAGCCUGUAAAUAAGGCACCUGUUACAAAUAAUAAUGUUGAUUAUAUAAAUAACAGGUUAACGAGCCUGUAAAUUAGGUCACCUGGUACAUUGUCAGGCACAGAUUCAGGAUUUGUCAGAUACACCCCUGCAGUAUAUACCAUAUACCAGUAGUGUCAGAUGCACCCCUGUAGUAUAAACCAUACCAAUAGUGUCAGAUACACCCCUGCAGUAUAUACCAUACCAGUAGUGUCAGAUACACCCCUGCUGUAUAUACCAUAUACCAGUAGUGUCAGAUACACCCCUGCUGUAUAUACCAUAUACCAGUAGUGUCAGAUACACCCCUGCUGUAUAUACCAUACCAGUAGUGUCAGAUACACCCCUGCAGUAUAUACCAUAUACCAAUAGUGUCAGAUACACCCCUGCUGUAUAAACCAUAUCAGUAGUGUCAGAUACACCCCUGCUGUAUAUACCAUACCAGUAGUGUCAGAUACACCCCUGCUGUAUAUACCAUAUACCAAUAGUGUCAGAUACACCCCUGCAGUAUAUACCAUACCAGUAGUGUCAGAUACACCCCUGCUGUAUAUACCAUACCAGUAGUGUCAGAUACACCCCUGCUGUAUAUACCAUACCAGUAAUAUCUGAUACACCCCUGCAGUAUAAACCAUACCAGUAGUGUCAGAUACACCCCUGCAGUAUAAACCAUACCAAUAGUGUCAGAUACAACCCUGCUGUAUAAACCAUAUCAGUAGUGUCAGAUACACCCUGCAGUAUAUACCAUACCAAUAGUGUCAGAUACAACCCUGCUGUAUAAACCAUAUACCAGUAGUGUCAGAUACACCCCUGCAGUAUAUACCAUACCAAUAGUGUCAGAUACACCCCUACAGUAUAAACCAUAUACCAGUAGUGUCAGAUACACCCCUACAGUAUAAACCAUACCAAUACUUUGCAAGUAUAAUUUCUCUAACACAUGAUCUAUAGCAAACAUUUCAACACUUUUUAGAUUUGUUUAUUACAGUAUUUUAGCAUAAUAUUAAAAUUUGGGCCAUAUGGUAGUUUAAGCUUUAGAUAGAAUUGUAUAUUUUAAUUUUUAAGUUUAUUGAUUAGUGCUAGAUGAUUUUUUUAAAUAAUGUACGGUGAUUUUUGAUUGAUUAUGAUGUUUUUAUAAAAUAUAUGUUAUUGAAGAUUGAAAGCCAAUGGGAAGCAAGUAUAUGACAACAGGAACAUAUCAUCAGAGCGGUGGUGCCAGAAUUUAAAAAUUAGUGUAUGUGCUAUUCUUUCAAACCCAGCCAUAUCCAUGCUUCAUGAAAGUAGUAUCGCCUUCCUAACGUCAUGGGUUUUCUAUGGGUCCUCAGGUUUUCUCGCACUGCUAAAGACCCCUACAACCAAACGAAUUGUUGAAAUGUAAUUGUAUAAUAUUAGUCUUGAAAAGACACAGUUUAUGUUGUAGACUUUAAAGCCAUUUCUCUCUCCAAAAUCCAUAACCCUAUUUUCUUUCCCCUUUUAGAUUGACACAGUUAUUGUGAUCCAGUAUUUAGGACAUACUUGUACUACAAAUUGUCUGAGGAAGGCUCCUUGCACUUCUUCCAGGGGGGUGGAUGGCCAAAUGGUUAGCACGUGCACACUGUAUCAUGAGGCCUGUCAUUGAGUCAACUGGCAUGGUUUAGAAUCCCCGGUUGUACGUGACAAGGAGUAGGAUUGCCUGUCCAACGUCGUGGGUUUUCUCUGGGUCCUCCGGUUUCUUCCCACUGCUAAAGACCCCUACCCGCAAGCGAAUUAUUGAAAUAAAAUUGAACCAUAUGUUGGUCCUGAAAUGACCUAGUUUGUGUCGAGUGGAUGUUAAACCCCAUUUCUCCCUCUCUCUCUCUUCACCUCUUCCAUCUUGCUGUGAAAUUCUACCGCUACCACUGAUAUAAAUAAUGUACUGUGUAGUUGUCUCCCUUGGUGUAUAUUUAUGGGUCGUUAUAAUAUGAUUGUUGUUUUUGAAUGAGAAGACCGUAUAUAUAAUAAUUAUGUUGUGAUGUGUAUAAGUGAAAUCCGAGAUUAUAAAAACUCUUUUAAAGUUUUUUUUAUCAUCCAUUGGCAUAUUUUAAACAGGUACAGGAUUGUAACCUUGUGUGUGCAGUAUUAAUGAGAAAUUUUAUUAUGUAAGAACGUGAGUAAAUAUCUUCUACUGUUCUUUGAAAGGACGUAUGUCGAGCACAAGAACCAAACCGACCGCUAUUGAAUAAAAUAUCAACUGAAAAAAAAAAUAGAGCUCGGUUCUAUAAUAUGGACGGAUCAUUUUUGUCAGUAGUUAUAUAAUUUUAUUAUUAUGUUGAUUUUCUGUAUAUUGUCAUGGUCAGAUCUAAAUAUUAAGGCCACCUGCAGAUUUCGUCAAGGUCACAAGCUGAUUGUUGCUGAGGAUUGUGGGUUAGGGUUGGUGUUAGUGUUAGCCUUAAUAUUUAGCUCUAACCAUAUUGUUAUUGUUUAUGAUUGUAUAUUUUCGUGGAUAACGAAACCAAAUAUAAAGUUGUUUGUCAUCGUCUUGUAAGUGGAGUGCUCUCCCUUUAUCAACCCUUGGUUAGGAUCAUCUAUUAUUGUUGUUUUAAUAGUGAAAUGAAAAUGCAAUAGUUGACAGAGACGCAUUAGUAUUUGUUGAUGUAUUCUAUAUGUAAAUCCAGAAAUAUUUUAAUAUUUAAUUCAAUAAAAGGAGUGAAUGAUUUAACGGUGGAUAAUAUUUCCCACAAUAUUUUUAAAAUAAAGAAAUAUUGUAAUUUUUUUAUGGGAUAAAUAAAGAAUUUAAACAAAAAAAAA